GAAAGGGAUAAAAAUUAAAACUAACUAACAGGGAAAAAGACAAACGUCAACAAAAAUCAAAACUUGUACCAAAUUCUAUUUUAAAAUGACUGCAUUUAAUUUAAUUAUCGGGGUAACUGGUAGCGUCGCUACCAUAAAGUUGCCUUUACUCGUCCAAAGUUUAAUGGAUUUGAAUUUGACUGCCCAAGGAUAUCAUUUUGAGAUAAAAAUUGUUUGUACAGAACCUGCCAAGCAUUUCUUCAAACAGGCUGACCUGCCAGAAUCCUGCUCUGUAUUAGAUGAUGCUACAGAGUGGGAUAAAUGGAAGGGAAGGGGGGAUGAAGUGGUUCAUAUCGAACUGGGAAAGUGGGCUCAUAUGAUGAUUAUUGCACCUCUUGAUGCUAACACGCUUGCUAAAAUAUCACAGGGCUUAUGUGAUAAUUUACUUACAAGUACAGUCAGAGCAUGGGACAUGUCCAAGCCACUAUUAUUCUGUCCAGCAAUGAACACUAGAAUGUGGGAGCAUCCUAUCACUUCCACACAGGUGACAACACUGAAGUGGUGGGGAUACGAAGAGGUGCCUCCCACGAGCAAGACUUUGAUGUGUGGAGACACAGGUAUCGGAGCGAUGGCCGAAGUUGAUACCAUUGUGAAAAGGAUCAAAUUGAUAGCUGAUAGUAAACUUGGAAUUUGAUGUGUGAUGCUGAUAUGCAGGUAUACAAGAGAUGGCUGAAUUUGUUAGUAUUGGGAAAAGGAUCAAAAUAAUAGUCGAUAGUGAUGGUGAUAUCAGAUGGUUCAUUUCUGUCUUUCAAUUAGCGCCUUUCGAAUUGAAAUGUCUCAACACAAAAUGAAUCAAAAGUGCCAAAAGAAAUGAAACAAUCACUCAAGUGAAGAUUUUUUGAAUGAACCAUCUAAUAUUAGCUUAAAGGAUUAUGUUGAUAAUGAAAGAUGGCUUUGAUGUGUAACUCUUCACUAUUGCAUGGGGUUUUCUGAAGUUCAUAGUAUUGUGAAAAAGGGUCAAGUAUGAAAAAGUAUAUUGAAAAGGAUGAAUGAAAAGACAAGUUGAGAGACUUGCAAGGGUCGAUGCAGGCCGAGCACACUAAAUGGAGUUGAGACGACUCAGCGAGUAGUUGCAGCACAGCGAGUAGAAUUGCUGAGGGGUAUUUAGUGCACGGUAACAUGGCUCCGCGUGCGCUUAUUGUCUUGAAUAAUAAAUUCCACCAUAAUGUCACUAAUGCCACUUCACUCCGUCCGUGAGCGUUGCGCCUAAGAGAUUAUUUUGGUUCAGAUAUAUUUGAAAUGUAUGUAGUUAUCAAAGUGUUUUUGUUAGUUUUAAUUUUUUUUUAUAAAUCAUCAAAAAUGUUAUAAAUCGACUAAUGUAUAUUAUCUUGUGGCCAGAUUGUAGAAUCAUUGUUCAUAUAAAGUAGUCAAACAUUUCAUGACAGUCAGGGCCACAAAAUACUCCUGAUAACAUUACUGACACACUGAUAUUUUGUUUAGAAAUAAAACACUUGUGAAAAUCGUAAAUGUAUGUUUAUUGCAUCACCGAAUACUGUUUCUAAGCUAGCAUACAUGCAAUGAACAAAACUCCCAUGUACACAUCACAUACAAAAAACUAUACAGUGGAAAACAUUACUACAGUAAUUAUAUUAUAAUGAAACUCUACUUGAAUUGAAUAAUUAGUAAUGAUUUUUAAAACAUACAUGUAAAAAAAAUUAGACGGAACAGAACAUUUAUGUCCCAAUUUGAAUGUGUUGUUGGAAAAUAUGUUUUUAUUUUAGGUCUAAUAAAUAAAUGAAAAAUACAGUGCUUUUUUUGAAAGUAGGUAAGUCCAUACUUGAUUUUUUCCACAUGUACAUUUUAAAAAUGGUUAAAAAAUGGUAAUUAAUUAAAAAUUCUUUUAAAGAAUUUAAUCCUAAUAAAGUUAAGGGGGUUACAUUUUAAACAAAGUUCAAUAAUAUUAUUAUAAUUUUUAUUAAGAAUUCAAUACUCCAUAAUUUUUAUUUUUCCACAAUUGGAGAGCACUUUUUUAUUGUUCCAAAACAACCCUGUAGUUUGUAAAAUAUUAAAAUCAUCCUGGUUCAUGGAUUGUACAAUUUGUAAUUUGUAUCGAUCAGGAUAUGUAAAUUAAUUUGAAUAAAAGUGUGUUUGUGAACCUAA